UAACAAAAGAAAGUGGAUACGUGACCAUGUCUUCGAGUCCUAGACCUUGAUAUAUUUAAAAUGUUUGCUCUACUAUAGCUGAUUUCUUAUAACAUUGUGUAACUAAUAUUCAGUUAGUAUGACAAGAUACACAAAGGACUUUUCUCUUUUCAAAAUCAGUUCUAUGCAAAACGUGUAAUUUUCUUGAAAAAAUGUGUAACAAUGCUUCAGUCAUACUAAAUCUAAAAUCUAAGUUACUAAAAAGGUGGUAGUUUGUUUGAAAAACAAAACAUUUCUCACCAGAAAGCUGCAAGAUAAAGCAUGUAUGUGAUAUGAUAGAGACCCUGCAACUAGUUCAUCAGACUGCCCUCAUAAAAAUAAUUUAUCAACCAGACCAUAAUUCAUGAUUCGUCUUCGGCUUUUGACAGAACACUCAAUAUUUUUUUUUAGCAGAUUCAUAUAGGCCUCUUUAUCUUUUCUUUUUCUGACAGCAGAUAGUAGUAGACUAUAUGCCUGUUUAAACUGUGAGAAUGGUUUUAGUUUAGGCCCAUGAAAUUUCACAAGUUUGUUUGAAUUGUUAAGAAUAUAAAGAAGCUUCCUGAAAAUAAAAGAAUUUUCAUUACACAAAGGAAGACUUGAGAGGGGAAUACAAAGGGUAUUUUCGAAAAAACCAAGUUGUUAAUAUUGACAGCAAGCCAAAUCUUAGUAAAAUAUUUAGUUUUGUUUCUAAGAUCUUCCUAAAACGAGGCCUAAGUUGUAAUCUACAACUCACGCAUUUGUGUUUUCAGAAUUAAAUUCACUCCAUGCCAGUCUGUUGUUCUGAUGGGGCGUGGAAUGAGGCUUCUAACUGCGGAGGAAUGGGAUGGACCCUUGUCACCGCUGAAGGAUCUUGGCCUUCUAUUGGCUCUUCUGGCCGCUCUCAUGUCAUCUCAGCCCUUGUUGCGGAAGCUCUAGCUAUGCGAGAUGCUCUUCGAUCAGCCCUGACAAUGAACCAUUCCAACCUUCUUCUCUGCUCAGACUCACAUGUCUUGAUCUCUACCCUCGUGUCGGGCCUGAUCCUUUAAAUUUAUGUCUCGUACUGCAUGCAAUGCAAAUGUUGGAGCAGAUGCUUUGACAAAAGCAGCUCUUGCUAGUUUUAUGUUUGAUCUUUUGUUAAACGAAGACCUUGUUAACGUUUGAUAGGCUAUAUAAAAGACCUUGUCCAGAAAAAAAAAAUGAGCAACGACACAAAUCAUUCUCAAUAUUUUGUAACAGAAAUAAAACUCCACGGUUCAAAGUAUUCAAAUCAUAUCUAGUUUGUGUUACCUGCUAUAUACAUCACGUUGUGUCACUACUAAUCUGUGAUAUUAAAGAAAAUAAUUCAGAUCUAACAUUUAUAUAAAGUAAUAUUUUUCUCUAUCGCAGUCGCAAAAUAUUAUACUAAACUACAUUCAUAUAUUAUAAUCUACCGAAGGCCAAAAAAAGGGAUAAAAUUUAAUUAAAUCUCCGAAAACCAAAGAGUCAAAAGCCAUCAAAGGUAAAAUAUGGCUUUCAUGACUAAGACUCUCCACCCAGGCACCCAUUAAACAAUUAGACGAUGCUUCAAUUUGGCAAAAGAACAAGUCUAAAACCAAAGAUCAAAAGAAGUUUUCAUCUUUCAUUCUCUUGAAUGAGAAAGAAACCCAAAAAUAAUCUCAAAACUUCUUUCACAUUAUAGUUCAGUUAAACAUUUGCCCUAACAAAUCUCUUUUGAUCUCAAUUCCUUGUAACCCAAGCAACCAAUACCCUUUCUCUUAGUGUUCUUUAAUGGCUAAGAAGAGACAUAGAAAGCUCUUCUCUAUGUUAGCAUCAGAGACUAACAAGACAUUAGAUUGCUCACUAGGAAUCUGCGACCCGAUUUGCCCUUAUAAUUGCUAUCAAGAACCUGAUUACUACACCCUAUCUCCAUGGUCAUCUCCACAGCCAAGCAAAGCUCCAUCUCCAUCAAUCUAUCAACCCUCUCAAGACCCUUCUUCUUCCACAGAAGCCAUAACCAUCAUCACUGUUACAGGUGCGGCCUUAGCCAUCCUUCUCACAGGAUUCUUUCUUGUAGCUAAAUACGUCACAGAGAGCGUUAACCGAUCCCUCCGCGAAAGACACCAGUCCCAGAGAGAUCUUGGUGACGACACAUCUGAUGAAGAGUUUCAAGAUAGGGAACAAGUGGAUCAUCCAAUAUGGUUGAUCAGAACAACAGGUCUUCAACAAUCGACCAUUAACUCGAUAACGAUAUGUACUUACAAGAGAGGAGAUGGGUUGAUCGAGAGAACAGAUUGUCCUGUUUGUCUAAACGAGUUUCAAGAAGACGAAAGUCUUAGGUUGUUGCCUAAAUGUAACCACGCUUUUCACAUCUCUUGUAUCGACACUUGGCUUAGGUCACACACCAACUGUCCUCUGUGUCGAGCUGGUAUAGCGAUUAUUAGUCCACCGUACGCUGGUCCGGUCGAUGUAGCUCCCGGAGGGUCAGGAUCUCGUUUGGAGAACGAUGGAGUUGGAUCCGAAACAGAGACGGACGAGCAAGUUAGGGUUUUGGAGGAGUGUACUAUUGAUUCACUUACGUGUGCAAAAAGCCACAAGGGAAGUAUAGAAUUUCCGGGAGAUGCUAGCGAGAAUGAGAGUCAGAACGCUACCAGACAAGAGAACAGAGACAUCGGGGAUGAAGCAAGCUGCUCGGAAGCUCGAGCUUCGAUGUCAACAUGCUUCAAUACGAACAAGAGUUCGGUUUUUCCGCUGUAAGAAGUCUUCCUUCUACUACUAAGUACUAACUACUAAACCAUUUUUUGGAACGUAUUAAAAGGAGGAAAUUGCAAUACAGAAAUGUUUUUAUAAGUGUAUGUACAUGUAACUCCAAAUAGAAACGACAAUAAACUGUAUCUCUUUUUUCGGAAGUGUUUGCUUAUGUUUUUUUUUUUU